CCCCCGUGAGGGACAGGGCGGGAAAAGGCGCCCGGCCGGGCCUGAGGGACGAGGCGGGGAGAGGCCGAGGAAAGUCGCUCGGCGCUGCUUGAGGCCUCGGGGGAGGCCUAUGCUGCUGUGGGAAUCAAGGAUCUGAUGCUGGGGGUUUUCAGACAAACUGUCCCGCUCUGUUUGCUGACAGUUCCAGGUUGGUUUGAGCCGGCAGAAGAGUCUCUGCAAAAUGGCAACUGCUCAGAAGCAAAGGAAUUGCACGAGUGCAGUUGUAUUCCCUAAAAAAAUCGCCACGGAGCAGCAGUCCCUGAUGCUGGUGAAGAGGCUCCUGGCAGUGGCCGUGUCCUGCAUCACGUACCUGAGAGGAAUCUUCCCUGAGAGCGCCUAUGGAACGAGAUACAUGGAUGAUGUCUGUGUCAAAAUCCUGAGGGAAGACAAGAACUGCCCUGGCUCCAGCCAGCUGGUGAAAUGGAUGCUGGGGUGCUACGAUGCCUUGCAGAAGAAAUACCUCAGGCAGAUCGUGCUCGCAGUCUAUACCCAGCCAGAGGAUCCUCAGACGGUCACCGAGUGUUACCACUUCAAGUUCAAGUACACCCACCACGGGCCGCUCCUGGAUUUCGGCAGCAGGGAUCCCUGUGGCUCUCCCAUCCCGUGUUUGGACACGAGGAAGGCCAGCAUCCUGCUCAUCGGCAAGAUCUUCGUGCUGAUGCAGAACCUGAGCCCGCUGCCCAGCGACGUCUGCCUCACCAUGAAGCUGCUCUACUACGACGAGGUGACACCCCCCGAUUACCAACCCCCGGGCUUCAGGGAGGCCAAGUGCGAGGGGCUGCUGUUCAACGAGGAGCCCACCCACCUCAACGUGGGGGAGGUGCCCACCCCCUUCCACCUGCUCAAGCUCAAGAUCACCACGGAGAAACAGCGCAUGGAGCACGUGGACAGAGGCUUCCUGGGGCAGGGGGAGAGGGAGGAGUCCCUCCAGCCCGGAGAGGAGAUCCAGGACAUGAAUGAGGAUCCUGCCCCGGACACCAAAGUGGGGGAUGAGAACCACGAGGAUGUUUCAGAAGCUCAAGAAACAAACUCCACCUGUGGAGAGGAAGCUGGAGGGAUCCAAACUCCAAAUGUUUCUAAUCCUCAGGUGGAUCAUUUGGCCCAAAAAACGUCUGAGCUGGUUGUGUCAGAGAGCAGGACGAGGAGUGGGAAGAUAUUUCAGAGCUGCCUUGUUAGUGCCACGUUGUUUUCCUUUAGUUCUUCCUGUUUUCUGUUCUUUUGCUGUUCCAAGCAGUGGAGUAAAACCCUGAGCUUGAUUUAG